ACUCAGAGCUUGUUUAAACUCAGAAACACUGAGCUGAGUUUCACUUCUUGCUUUUUGAGAAAUAUCUGAGUGAAACUGUCAGAGCUGCUCAGUGCAGCAGCUGCAGCCGCCCAGCUCCACCUCAGAGCCUCCAUCACCACACACAGUCUGGAGGAGAUGCACCGCUCAUUGCUGCCCCUGCUGGUCAGCCUGAGUCCUGCUAUUCUGUUCCUGUUGCCUGGCAUCAUUGUGACACAGGAAGGCCUCUGGGAGGACUACAAAUAUGGCCACGGUGACCUGGACAACCACAAUUUCUGCACCUGGAAGUGCCUCCUGUUCACGCUGCAAUGGCCGGGCGCGUUUUGUCAGUCUCUGAACAACGUGAGUCUCUGCAGGAUUCCUCCAACCGUCAACAACUGGACCAUCCACGGCCUUUGGCCCCUCCACGCUAAGAACCGCUGCGACUGCUGGCCGAUGUUCCCCUCUGACGUCCAGGAGCUGAAGGCGGAGCUGACUGAACUCUGGCCGUCAUUUGUGAGAUUCAAGUCCAACUUCCACUUCUGGAGGGACGAGUGGAGGAAACACGGAGCGAGCGCGGCGUGCGUGGAAGGAAUGAACUCUCCGCUCAGAUACUUCCAGGUCUGCGUCAAACUGCGAGCACAGUUCGACAUCCACAGCCUGCUGGAGGACGCCGGCAUCACUCCGUCCUGUGAGCGACCCUACAAGGACAGAGAGCUGUGGUUUCAGCUGAAGAUCCGCCUGAAUCGGAACCUCACCGUAGGCUGCGAUCUCUGCACCGAUGCUGACGACGCCGACUCACGGCCGGUACCCUCCCCAGGGCACCCCUGUCCUGACCGGGUGCCCUUCUACUAUUUCCCCAUAAACCACGAGCGGCCACAGCGGCCCUGCGGCUAACGCCACCGCCAUCACAGGUGGAGCCUGAGUAGCAGCAGGUUUACCCCAGAUACUGCGGGAAGUGUCUGAAGAGCUUAAAUGUGAAAAAUAAAAACCAUCAAUAAAGUGAUUUUUACAGAUUCUCUUGUCAUUUCUUUAGUGCUGGUCACUUCCUGUCAAUCAUGUCAUCCAGAAAACGGCAGAAACAUGUCUGCUGGGAUUCUCCUCUAUUUGUGCUUAAAAAGAUCAAAAGGUUUUCACGCUCGGGGAGGUGGAACACGUAGAAAGUGACCACUCGUCUUAAAACCUGGAUAUCGCUGUCACACAGGUACCUGCUAAUAAGCUCCGCCUUCAUGGACGGUCUGUUACUACAGUAACCUCAGCAACCACGUUAUUGGUCACAUGAUGUCAUCAGAAUAAAUAAAUAAAAAAAGCUCCAACAGCACAAACAGACGAGCUCAGGUGAAGCCACGUAGCAGCUACAGCCACCUGUCAGUCAAAGAGGCCACGCCCCUAAUGAGGCAAACUUUAAGCCUUAUAGGAUUUAAACAGGCGAGUUAUAAAAGUGUUCUUGUUAAAGAGGAAAUCAUCCAGAGACCAAACAGUGUGUCUGUGGGGACUCACUGCUGCCUCUGCUGGAUGUUGCAGGAACUGCAGCGUUUGGUAGCUGCACAAUGGCGGAGGCCCAAGGUCAGAGCCGC